AUGGAGUACAUGUUGGAGAAAAUGUCCUCGUCCGAUAAGGAAGCAAAGCCCAUCCAACUGCAUUUGCUAAAAACAAUCACAGAGGAUUUUUCAGAGAAGAUGAAAGUUGGUAGUGGUGGCUAUGGAGAAGUUUACAAGGGAGUGCUUAAUGGGGACGAAAUUGCUGUCAAGAAGCUUUUUCCCGUCCCUGGACUUAACGAUGAGGCAUUUGAAAAUGAAUUUCGUCACCUUAAGAAGGUUCAGCAUAAAAACAUCAUCCGUAUGAUUGGUUACUGCUAUGAGAUAGCACAUAAAGAUGUUGAGUACGAAGGAAAAUUAGUUUUUUCUGCAGUAAUAGAGCGAGCUCUCUGCUUCGAAUAUAUGAAGGGAGGAAGCCUGGCCAAGCAUAUUUCUGACGAGUCGUGCAUACUUGAUUGGCCAACAACGUACAAAAUAAUUCAUGGGACUUGUGAGGGCCUGCACUACCUUCAUAAGGGACAAGUACAGAAGUUUUUUCAUCUGGACUUAAAGCCGGAUAAUGUAUUGCUGGAUGAAAAUUUUGUGCCCAAGAUAGGAGAUUUUGGUUUAUCAAAGCUCUUUGGUACUUCAUAUACCCACCAAAUAAGCUCUAUGAAAGGAACGGUCGGAUUCAUGCCACAAGAAUACAUACACAAUCGCAAGGUGUCACCAAAGAAUGAUGUGUUCAGUCUUGGAGUUAUAAUUUUUCACAUGAUGGCGGGAGAAAAAGGAUAUGGUGAUUAUUGGGAUGCGCGUCGUCGUCCAAAUUUUUCAAAAAGAAUCCAACAAGACUUUAUUGACAGUGUACAAGAAUACUGGAAAACAAAGAUGCAGGCAACCGAAAGUUAUAGAUGGGAUGAAACAGACAUCCUAGGGGUAACGAAAUGUAUUAACAUGGCAAUGCGUUGUGUGGAGGACGACCGCGACAACCGACCUUACAUGACUGAAAUUAUCAGCGAGCUCAAGGAACUAGAUUCUAAAGUUGAGGAGAUGUUAAAUAAAGAUCCGAAACCAACAAUACACCAGCUGAGAGACCGUGUCAUUGAUUUAAGAGCGGUGAAACAGAAUAAAAGUCCCAACGAUUUGGGAAAGGAUAUUGCAGUGGAUCCGUCCCUUGAGCUCUGCUUCCCAUUUGAGUCAAACAAAGACAUACGGUGCUGCUUGCAGCUCAUCAACAAGGCGGGGUCCAGCCACAUUGCCUUUAAUAUAAACACCGACGUGAAAAAAUAUCUUGCACAACCACACAAAGGGAUCAUCGCACCAUAUUCCAAAUGCUGCAUCACCCUAACCUUGCGAGCACAGGAGGUAACAUUGCCAAAUAUGCAGUGCUUUGACAUGUUGGUUGUGCAAGGAGUAAGAGUGAGUGAGCACUUCACAUCCGAUGAGAUCACUCAAGACUUCCUUGAAAACGGCAGUGCCAUGGAUGAGGUGAUAUUGCCGAUUGCUUAUGUCGGAUUGGACCACUAA